AAUCCUGAUUUAAACUGCACUCUGUGAUGUGAGAUUUUUUCAUGCUCUGCCAACGCCCUGGGAGUUUCACUGCGUUGCCUUUCCCCGGGUGUGGCUACACAACCCAGUUCAGACAUGCCCCUAUUUUGGAAUUAAACCGCGCAGAAUGGUUGCUGAAGCCUUUGAAACAAAUGAAAUAACCUGCAGAAAUUCAUAUCAUUAUAUAUUAAUUGAUAUUUUCAAUAUUUUGUGAAGUGUAUAACUUGGAAUAAAAUGUGGCCGCGAACUGGAAGCAGGAAGUGGAGAGUCGCUACGUACUCCAUAGAACGAUGCAUAAGCUCUACUUGUCAACAAAGAUGUCGUGGACAACAAGAGUUAAGGGACCACUGUACGUAAAUGACUGUCACCAAACCCAUCCUGUGAAAAGGUCUCAGUAAUGCUGAAAUUGCCCUUAUGGUGAUCCUUAAUAUUAUAGCAAUUGCCACAUAUGCUAUCUUCUUUGAACUUUGGAACUAUUUACACAAUAAUAUUAUAAGUGACUCAAUCAGAGAGAAGACGCUGUUGGUCCUUGGCAUAUUCCCUGUAACUACUAUUGUCUACCAAUUGGGGAUGUUUGUUCCACGAGCUGGAACUUUGGUUGAUUUUGUGGCAGCAGUUUAUGCGUGCGUAGCUUUGUUUGUUUUUUUCCAUCUUGCAAUAAGUUACCUUGGUGGAGCAACUGAAGCCAUUGAUAAGCUGCAGUAUGUGGACGCUUCAUUGAACGUGGGGCCUUGUUGCUGUUGCUGCAUGUGUCUUCCAAAAGUCAGGAUAAACAGAAAAGCUUAUAGAAUUCUUCGAAUUGGCAUCUUGCAGACGUUGAUUCUACAACCUUUGCUUCAGUUUAUUUCGACAGUCUUGUGGGCAGAUGGAAAGUUUGACAGUGGAGAGGUAAAUCCAAGCAAUCCCUUAUUUUACAUGAAGAUCAUGCUGAACACAUCUGCUCUUUUGUCUUUAUAUGUAUUUAACUUGUCAUUGAAGGCUGCCUUUGGAAUUGCAGAAGCAAGCUAUCAUCUCAAAGCCAAAUAUGCAAUUUUAAUUAUCUAUAUUAUCCUCAGCAAUCUGCAGCCAUUAAUUUUAGGAUGUUUGGCAACCUAUAAUGUCAUUCCGUGUGUGGAUCUGUAUCCCUCAAAAGACAGAGCAUCAAAAAUAGACCACCAUAUAAAGAUCCUGGAAAUGUUUAUCUUGCUUCUUGUCUCCAGAAAGUAUUAUCGCAAACAAAUGCCAGAAUCGAGUCCACUAUAUUUUGAAAAUCCACUUCAUACUAUGCCUUGAUUUGAUAUUUUUAAUAAUACGUCAAAUUAUGUUUGCUGUCUAUAAAUUAGCUAUUUGUUCAAAAACUGAACCUUAUAGUGACAUAUGGCAUGAAACUUUAUGAGAUUUAGCUGCACAAUGUGUGGGAUUGACUUUUGAUAUUUCAUAAUGUCGCACAAAAUGUUAUUGCUAAGAUAAUAAAAAGGAGAAAUCUUGAAAAAAAAUCAAUAUUUUCCCUGC